UAUCUAAAAACAUUGAUUCAACGGUCUAUGAUAUUGACUCUGCACUUAACCUGUUUUGAUAAUUUUAAAAUAAAGACGAUCGCCUUGUUAUUAUUGUUGAAUUUAGUGUAAAUAUACAACAUUAUUGUACAAAAUAAUAAUUAUGGCUGGCUCAGCAUUAAGACGAUUAAUGGCAGAAUAUAAACAAUUGACAUUGAAUCCACCAGAAGGGAUUGUUGCAGGUCCAAUUCAUGAAGAAAACUUUUUUGAGUGGGAAGCUCUCAUAUCUGGGCCAGAUGGUACUUGUUUUGAAGGUGGAAUUUUUCCUGCCAAAUUAAUAUUUCCACCUGAUUAUCCACUCAGUCCACCGAAAAUGCAAUUCACUUGUGAAAUGUUUCAUCCAAAUAUAUAUACUGAUGGAAGAGUGUGUAUCAGCAUUUUGCACGCUCCUGGUGAUGAUCCAAUGGGAUAUGAAAGUAGCGCAGAAAGAUGGAGUCCAGUUCAAAGUGUUGAAAAAAUUUUAUUAAGUGUAAUUAGUAUGUUAGCUGAACCAAAUGAUGAAAGUGGAGCUAACGUUGAUGCUGCUAAGAUGUGGAGAGAAGAAAGAGAAGAAUUCAAUAAAAUUGCUCAAAAACUUGUACGUAAAACACUAGGUGUACCAGAGAAUCAAUGAAAAAUUUUAAAAUAUAAACUAAAGUUAGAAGCAAAUCGAAAAGCCAGUAAAUAUAACACAUGCACACAUGUGUGUGGGCGCAAAAAAAAUUAUCUUGAACCAUUCAAAUAUUUAGACACACGGAAUUAAAGUUUUUUCAAAUAAACAAAAAAAUUUUAGCGGUUAAAAAUAUUCUUUUAGCUCAAGAAAAUAUUUACUUCGUCCGAGAUGGUCUUGGCCUUAAUAAUACUUUUUUGAUUCGAGAAUAGUUAUAUCUAUGCUGACUAUUCUUUUCGUGUAUAUAAAUGUAUAACAGGCGUAGCCCACUAACUCGGCUAGGCAUGACUUAAACUUAGUAACUGUUUAUUUUUUUUAAAGUGUAAAAUUUUUUUUGUAACGAAGGCAUAUAAAUUGUUAAAAAAAAGCUUGAUAAAUCCAAAUAUGCAUACCUUAAGCGUUCAUGUCAUACAUGAAUUCUUUAAAGUAGAGUUUAAAUAUUCAACAAUGUCAGAAUAAAAUUUUUUUUUAUAAAUUAA